AAAGGGCCUGUCCCACGCUUUCCCUCUCAUUUCCCUGUCGAUCUCUCACCAAAGCUUCUACAAAUCUCUUCAAUUCCACUGUCGUAGCUCACUUACUCACAAUGAAGCCCAACCAACAGCCAUUAUCGUCACCGUAUCCACAGCCAUCUUCUUCUUCGCUUCUCAAAGACAUUUCGAAUUUCAGAACUCCAAAACGCCCCUCCCACCAUGCCCCCGACUUCACCUCCUCCCCUUGCCCCCAAUUCUUCACCGCCACCAAACAAACCCCUAAGCCAUCUCCUACUUCAUCCUUUCGCAGGUACCGCCACCGCCCUUCCCUUUCUUCCCGCCUCAAGCAUAAAACCGCUACUGCCCGUCGUCUCAAAGCAUUUGAGCUCGAGCAAUCCCAGUCCUCACGCAAGGCUCAGAUACAAAAAGAACAGUCUCUUAAAUCGCUUGCCAAGUCUCUCACUACUUGGCUUAAUUUCCUCUUCCAAAACCCUAGGUCCUGUGGAUGUGGAUUGACAGAUCAUGAAGUGGAUACCGCGGGAAAUUUGGGGAAGAGGGAUGCUGGACCUAGGGGUAGGGUGGUCUGUCUGGAUGCAUCAUGGCGGAGUCCAAAGAGGCGGAGGGACCUGGGCUGGCGAGGCGUUGAACACGUGGAGGGGGAGGACGAGUUCUUGAAUUCUAAGCGCUAUGGGUUGUUGAGGAAUUCAUUGAUGGAUGUUUGUAGUUUUGAUGAUUUGAAGCAGAGGAUGAGUGUUUAUUUGAGCUUGGCUAGUUGCAAGGAGAUUUUUGAUGCCAUGAGUCACGUGGUUAAGAAUAUUGAUGAAGGGAGGUUGAAUAUGAAGUCACAUUGCCCUAUUGUAACUGAUGUUGGAAUGAAAGGGAAGGGCAUGCGAAUUCUUAUGUGCUACAAUCCAAUUUGGCUUCGAAUUGGAUUGCAUAUUAUUUUUGGCUGUGAUUCAUUGUUGCCCAAUGGAGAUGUCAAUUCUGAUCAAGAAAUUGCCUUCUUGAAGAUGGUAAUUGAGAAGCAGCUUUUCUCACAUGCUGGACUAGCGAAAGCUUAUGCUUAUAACAAGAUGGUUGAAGGGUUAUACAGACCAGGUUACUAUGAAAAUUUGGGUAAUGUAAUAUUAAAGAGGUUUUUGCUGCUGGUUCUUAUACUUGAUAGAGCCAAAUCUCAUAGUGCUCUUUCUCUAAAGUAUGGAAUUGAUGGAGUUGAUGGGGGUUCUCCGCUUUUAUUCACGGUGCAAUCUAGUAUCAAGUCUAGUCGUCAAAUGAUUAAUGAUUUUUUAUCAACGGAGAUAAUGCUCGGAGAAGGUAACCUUCUUGCUCACCUGGUGAUCCUAGGUUACAAAGUAUCUUAUCAGCAGUGUGCUCUGGUCGAGUACGACUUUAGAGUGAUGGAUCUAUUUGUGGACCUACAAGAUGGAGUGCGGCUUUGCAGAGCCAUUCAGCUAUUGCAAAAUGACUCAUCUAUUCUUAUGAAAAUGGUAGUUCCAUCAGAUACAUGCAAGAAAAAUUUGAUAAAUUGUGGCAUUGCACUGCAAUAUCUAAAAGGUGCUGGUGUAACAUUGUGCGAUGAAGAUAGAGUAAUGAUUACGGAAGGUGAUGUGGCUAAUGGUGACAAAGAACUAACCAUUAGCUUGCUUUGGAAUAUGUUUGUUCACCUGCAGCUGCCACUUCUGAUCAACAACACAAUCUUAGCUGAGGAAAUUUUGAAAAUUCAACGAACCAAUGUGGACCUUUCAAACAGUAUUAAUCUUAGCUCCUUUACCUUGGACUUGCUUUUGAAGUGGAUCCAGGCAGUCUGUGAACAGUAUGAUUAUAUGGUCGAUAAUUUUUCUUCUUUGCUUGAUGGAAAAGCCAUAUGGUGCUUGCUUGACUACUACUUCCGCAAAGAACUUUGUUGUUCUCAUUCUCCUAAGGAACCUAAUGACAGUAGAAGUGGAGAAUCCAUUAUGUCAGCUAAUAAUUAUACAGAUGCAGUCCACAAUUUCAUAUUAUCACAGAAGUUGAUAAACUUGUUGGGGAAUUUUCCAGAGAUUCUGCAGAUCAGUGACAUACUUGAACAUAGUGGUGCAAUUAGUGAAGGGAGUGUGGUUGUUCUAUUGGUCUUUCUCGCAUCGCAGCUGACUGCAAAUAAAGCCAUGGAUCAGCUGAAUUUUCAUAAACUGUUGUGUUGCAAAUGCCAAAGUCCAGAGAGGAGACAUUCAAGUACUGAAAACCGUGUUGUGAGUUUGAAAGCAGUGCUGGAGCAAGAAGAAAUUGAUUGUCACAGUGGUGGAGAUGCUGCUAGAAAGUUUAAGGCCAUUAAGGCCUGGUGGCAAGAUAUGGCUGAGAGGAAUAACAUAUUUAUUAUAAAGCCAGCAACUUCUACUUUGCAGCACAGCUCGACUAGCAAAUCCAGCGUCAAUAUUCAAAGAGAAAAUGCAGCAACACUAAUACAGUCACACUUGAGGAAAUCAAUUGCACGCCACAAUUUUUUGAAGACAGUCAAUUCAGUUUUACUUUUGCAAUCUGUCAUUCGGGCUUGGUUAAUGGUGAAGAAAAAAUCUGCACUCUAUGAAUUCAGUACUAUCAUGGUUCAGGGGUCUAUACAUGAAAAGUGGAAACGGUCCGAACAAGUUGGGAGAUAUGUCAAGUUUAUUGUUGAUAGGCACAGGUUUGUCAGGUUAAAAAAAUCAGUUCUGUUUAUCCAGCAAGCUGCAAGGAUUUGGAAGAUGCGAAGACUUCAGGCUGGAAGCAUUAGAAAUUAUGAUGUAUCCACUACAAAUUUAGUUAAUGCCGCCAUAGUUGUUCAGAAAUAUGUUCGUGGUUGGAUAGCAAGGUCUAGGCGUAAGGUCCUGCAGAUAAAGAUAGCUUCACAAGUGUGCAAAGUGAACUCUCUCCACAGUCACAACCUAGCUGCAGCUAAAAUCCAGAGUCAACUUCGAGGUUGGCUGUUUAGAAGGAACUUUUUGAAACAGAAGCAAAUGGUAACAAGAAUUCAAAGCAAUUUUCGACGCCUGAGAUUUUGGAGGUCCUUUCAACAACUCAGAAUUGCUAAAAGGUCUGCCAUCACCAUUCAGUCUCAUGUACGUGGAUGGAUUGCGCGGAGAGUAGCUUGGAGGCACAGGUACCUCGUUGGUGUCCUUCAAAGAUGUUGCCGUGGUUGGCUGAUAAGGAGGAAGUUUUUGCUCCAAAAAGAUGCAGUAGUAAUGAUCCAAAGUGCUGUUCGAUGCUCAAACUGCUUGAAGGCAUUUCAUUGCAGAAAAAAUGCAGCUAUUGAAAUUCAACGGUUUGUCAGGGGGCAGAUCACUCAAAAACGGCUCUUAGGUGCUACUCACUGUCAUUCAGCCACUAAUGGUUAUUGCAAUUUCCAAACUUCAGUUGGCCAUGUGCAGAGUUGUGAAUUGGACAUAAUGAUAUCUUCAAUAUUGAAGCUGCAAAGGUGGUGGAGAAGUGUUUUGUUGCUUAAACUAAAAACAAAGUCAGCAAUUAUUAUACAGUCUUGUCUUCGAGGUUGGAUUGGCAGGCAAAAGGCCUCUAAAGAAAGGCAGUCUGUUGUGAUGAUUCAAUCGCACUGGAAAGGUUACCUAUUGCGCAAAGAGUCUAGAGGGCAGCUAUUGGAUUUGCGGUUGAGAGUACAAAGGUCAGCUAAAAAUGUCAAUGACAGUAUGCGCAUUAUUAACAGACUCAAAAUGGCACUUUCGGAACUACUGAGUAUGAAAAGCAUUAGUGGAAUCCUUCAUACCUGUGCAACCUUGGAUAUGACUACACAACAUUCUCAGAAAUGUUGCGAGGAACUUGUGGCUGCGGGCGCAAUUGGCAUUUUACUGAAGCUAAUUCGUUCAGUCAGCCGAAGUAUACCUGAUCAGGAGGUUUUAAAGCAUGCACUCUCAACCCUCCGGAACCUUACCCGUUAUCAACAUUUGACUGAAGUGCUAAUUGAAAGCCAUGGAUCGAUAGAAAUAAUUUUCUGGGAAUUUCUUAGGAACAAGGAGGAAGGUUAUUUUAUCGCUUCAGAGAUUUUGAGAAAGAUCUGUUCAAAUCACAAAGGUGCUGACUCCUUGAGGAAGCGACCUGCCCUCUUGAAAAGGUUACGUAGUCUUGUGGAAGAACUCACAAGGAAGUCAACUAUUGAUAAAAGGAAACCCCUUGGUGCGGCUGCAAGAGAGAAAGCAGAAAGAAGAUUGAGAGAGGCCCUUGAUCUCCUGAAAUUGAUUACUAAUAUGCCAAGUGUGAAAGUAUGAGUAUGAAUGAAUAUGUUUUUAUGGUGUCAGAUAGCUACAUUGCACUCUAAAUAGCAUGGACAAUUCAGCUUAUAAUGUUACUGUCAGUGUUCUUUUGUUUACGGUGUAGUUGAAAAAGGGCGUAUUGGGGGCUUAUCUAGAGCCCUGAGCCAAAUGGUGAUGUACAGAAUGCCUUGGGACGAUAUUGGAUUGCCUUUUUCUUUAUUUUCAAUUUAUUUGAUUUCAAUUGAAAUUUAAA